UUGUAUAAAUUAACUAUUUAUUAGAGCUAACUUCACUUUUCCCAACUAAUCAGAUAUUUGAUGCUCCAUGGUGGUGCAGUAGGCCCUAUGUGGGCUUUCAGACUGAGGCAGAAAGGCCAUUUUUUCAAUGGUAUGACUGAAUGAAACCAGAUGUCACCAUCUGCUGCUAGAAACCUAGUACUGCAAUGGAAACACCACGUGACUAUUGCGGAACAAUAACAAACGUGAAAAUUGAUUUGCUGCAGUUAAGAAGCCCUGGUCGAAAUUAUGGCUGAUGAGUAGAUGUCUUGUGACUGGACGACACAGUCACUUCCCUGAAGAAAUGCCCCUCGUCAAGCAGCAGUUAAGGUCGUAAUAAUUAUAAUUUUUAAACUGAUGUAUGCGAUGUAUGGAACAUGGUUAGUUCUCCUUAUACUUUCCCAAACUCAUGGACAAUGUAUGUGCCAAAAUCGUAGCACAAACUUCAGACCCAACAUUGUGAUGGUGAUGUCUGAUGCAUUUGAUGGGCGGCUGACCUUUGACCCUGGGAGUAGGGUGGUCCAGUUACCAUACUUAAACUACCUCCGGGAGCUAGGCACUGUCUUCCUCAAUGCCUACACCAAUUCUCCAAUCUGUUGUCCCUCAAGAGCAGCUAUGUGGAGUGGUCGCUUUGUCCAUUUAACUGAGUCCUGGAAUAAUUAUAAGUGCCUGGACCCCAAUGCCACAACGUGGAUGGACCUGCUCCAACAGAAUGGCUAUAACACAUUGAGUGUUGGGAAGCUGGACUACACUUCAGGAAGUCACUCUGUCAGUAAUCGUGUGGAGGCAUGGACGCGAGAUGUGCCUUUCCUUCUGCGGCAAGAGGGCCGGCCAGUAACAGACCUGGUUGGGGAUGCGUCCACAACGAGAGUCAUGACCAAGGACUGGAGAACCACAGACAUUGCCACCCAGUGGAUCCGCCACAAAGCUGCGCCUCUCUCCCAGCCUUUCGCCCUCUACCUGGGCCUGAACCUGCCACACCCCUACGUCACAGACUCCUUGGGGCCCAACGCUGGGGGGUCCACCUUCCGCACCUCUCCUUACUGGCUCGAAAAGGCACGUUCUCUUCAGGCCAUUCCAGAAGUGAUGCCUGAAUUAAUCUCUGUUCCAAAAUGGCUGCCGUUGUCCGACAUGCACCCUGUGGACUACUACUCCACCUUCACCAAGAACUGCAGUGGGAACUUCACAGAGCAGGAGGUCAGAAAGAUACGGGCCUUCUACUAUGCUAUGUGUGCUGAAACAGAUGCCAUGCUGGGCCAGGUGAUCUCAGCUCUGCGGGACACAGGCUUGCUGGACACCACAGUGCUGCUCUUCACAUCUGACCACGGUGACCUGGCCAUGGAGCACCGACAGUUCUACAAGAUGUCCAUGUUUGAGGGCAGCUCCCAUAUCCCCCUGCUCACCAUGGGGCCUGGGGUGAAGUCUGGCCUGCAGCUGAGUCAGCCAGUGUCUUUGGUGGACAUCUAUCCCACUGUGCUGGAGAUGGCAGGCUUAGCGGUGCCAGGUGGCACUAGUGGUCAUUCUCUCCUGCCUUUGCUGUCCCAAUCUGCAGCCCGGCCCGCCCGGACUCGCCCAGACUGGGUAUUGAGUGAAUACCACGGCUGCAAUGCCAACGCCUCCACCUAUAUGUUGAGGGAGGGCCGGUGGAAGUACAUUACCUAUGCAGAUGGUCUGAGUGUCCCCCCGCAGCUAUUCGACCUAACAGUGGACAAAGAGGAGCUUCACAAUGUGGCGUCCAAAUUCCCUGAUGUGUGUCGUCACCUGGACAAGCUGCUGCGCAGCACAGUAGACUACCCUCAAGUCUCUAAGGCAGUCCGUCUCUACAAUAAGCAACAGUUUGCUGCAUGGCGCAAGAGCCUUGGUGAUAAUUAUACCCAAGUCAUCGCAAACCUGCGGUGGCAUCUGGACUGGCAAGAGGAUGUGGACAACAAUGAGAAAGCCAUCGAUGAGUGGCUCAUGAUAUCUGGGUUCUCUUCUGAAAAGCUCAAAUUAUCAGUGUUUUAACUGGCCUGCUAUACUAGAAAAGCACCUAAAUAAAGAUGUCAUGCCAAACAUGACUACCAGUAGCUGCACGAUCCACAACAGUGCUGCAAACUGGACAGAUAAUUCUGGUCGAAAUGUGAGAGAACGCACCCCAUAGUCAAUGCAUAAUUAUAAUUCACUUGUUUCUUUAUUGUUUAUUUACUCUGGUAAGAUUGUGGGUGGCAGGUAGCCUAACGGUUAGAGUGUUGGGUUAGGAACCGAAAGGUCGCUGGUUUGAAUACCCGAGGUGU